GUGUCUGCAUUAGAUUAGCUGCACUUAAAUAGCGAGCCUCAGACACUCCUCACUUACCUAUCCAUCUCUCUCUCUCCUCUUCCGUACUGAUCUUUCCUCUUCUUGUUCUGGAUUGAAGAAGAUAGAUUUUCUUUAAUACAAAAGUUGGGGAGUAGCAGCGAUGGCUAGAGAACAAAUAGGAGUGCUUAAUGCACUCGAUGUUGCAAAAACUCAAUGGUACCAUUUCACAGCAAUUGUGAUUGCUGGAAUGGGUUUUUUCACAGAUGCAUAUGAUCUUUUUUGUAUUUCAUUAGUCACCAAAUUGCUUGGUCGUAUAUACUACACUGACUAUGACAAAGAAAAGCCAGGCACAUUACCUCCAAAUGUAGCAGCAGCUGUUAAUGGUGUUGCACUUUGUGGCACUUUAGCUGGCCAGCUCUUCUUUGGCUGGCUUGGUGACAAAUUGGGUAGAAAGAAAGUCUAUGGGAUAACUUUGGUUCUCAUGGUUGUUUGUUCACUUGCCUCGGGCCUUUCCUUUGGAAGUAGUCCAAAGGGUACAAUUGCCACUCUUUGUUUCUUCAGGUUCUGGCUUGGAUUCGGUAUCGGAGGUGAUUAUCCCUUAUCAGCCACAAUUAUGUCUGAAUAUGCUAAUAAAAAGACUCGUGGGGCAUUUAUUGCUGCGGUGUUUGCUAUGCAAGGAUUUGGGAUCCUGGCUGGUGGAAUUGUUGGUCUUAUUGUGUCAACUGCAUUUGAUCACAGAUUCAGUGCCCCCAUAUACGAAGAUAGUAGAAGAGCCUCUCUUGCUCCUCAAGCAGACUAUGUUUGGCGCAUAAUCUUGAUGUUCGGUGCAAUUCCUGCUGCCCUGACUUACUACUGGCGUAUGAAAAUGCCUGAAACUGCUCGUUACACAGCCCUUGUUGCUAAGAAUGCAAAACUAGCUGCUUCAGAUAUGUCUAAAGUUUUAAAUGUUGAACUGGAAGCAGAGCAGGAAAAGGUGGAGAAGAUAGUUGCAGAGCCAUCUAAUUCAUUUGGCUUGUUUUCUAAAGAAUUUGCCAAGCGCCAUGGACGUCACUUGGUAGGAACCACUACUACUUGGUUCUUAUUAGAUAUUGCUUUCUACAGCCAAAAUCUUUUCCAAAAGGAUAUUUUCACUGCAAUCAAUUGGAUUCCUAAAGCACAAAAAAUGAACGCAAUUCACGAGGUUUUUAGGAUUGCAAGAGCUCAGACACUAAUUGCACUAUGCAGUACUGUACCUGGAUACUGGUUCACUGUAUUCCUUAUUGACUAUAUGGGAAGAUUUGCCAUUCAAUUGAUGGGCUUCUUCUUCAUGACAGUUUUUAUGUUCGCGAUUGCUAUCCCUUACCAUCACUGGACCUUGGAGCCUAAUAGAAUUGGUUUUGUUGUAAUGUACUCACUGACAUUUUUCUUUGCCAAUUUUGGACCCAAUGCCACUACAUUUGUUGUUCCAGCAGAGAUUUUCCCCGCAAGACUAAGAUCAACAUGCCACGGUAUAUCUGCAGCAGCAGGAAAGGCAGGUGCCAUAGUUGGUGCAUUUGGUUUCUUAUAUGCUGCCCAACCCACAGACAAAACCAAGACUGACGCAGGUUACCCUCCUGGUAUUGGAGUAAAGAAUUCUUUAAUUGCUCUCGGUGUUAUCAACUUCUUUGGGAUGUUGUUUACUCUAUUAGUGCCUGAAUCAAAGGGUAAAUCACUUGAAGAGCUAACCGGUGAGAAUGAGGAAAAUGGUGAGGAAAUGCCGGUUGCUGCUACUUCUAGGACUGUUCCAGUGUGAUCUUCACCAACUUCACCAAACUACCUAUUAUAUAUAGAUCAAAUCAAAGCUUUCUGAUUCUUGAAUUGUGGGUUGUACUACGUAUUUUUGUUUUGUGCAAUGCGAUAAUGUAGAUAUUGUUGGGUUCAUGUUUUUACAGAAGUCUAUAAGAACUGAUUAUAAGGGUACUAUAUGUUUACUUUUUGGCAGAUUACUAAUUGUCAUCUUUAUUUCUUUCAGUUUCUCUUUGUUCUUGGAUAAAGCUUGUAUGAUGAAAUUAUAAUACGCUUGCAUAAGUUA